GGUGAUUUGAAAGGCGGCAGGCGGAAGCGGCGGGUCGUGCGGGCCCCGUUCCACGAAGGUGAGGACAUGCCACCUGGUGUUCAGGGCGCUACUGGAGUGGUACUGACUGAAGCUGCUCUGCAAUCAUGGUGUCAGUUCUGCCCACAGAAGAGGGCAAUGUGGCAGUGGUGGUGCGGGUACGGCCCCAGAAUCAACAGGAGCGGGAAGGGAGUCGUCACGCUGUGGUGCAGGUGAUCGGUGACAGCAUGUUGGUGUUUGACCCCGAGGAACCCCGUCUAUCGGGAGUUUUUACAGGCUUCCGGGGGCAUGAUGCCCCGAAGCGAAAGGGCAAGGACCUGAAGUUUGUGUUUGACCAAGUGUUUGGUGAGAGUGCUACACAGGAGGAAGUAUUCCAGCACACAACUAAGGAGAUCCUGGAUGGGGUGCUGAAUGGGUACAACUGCUCUGUGUUUGCCUAUGGUGCAACAGGUGCAGGAAAAACCUACACCAUGCUGGGCUCUGAGAAGAGUCCAGGCAUCAUGUACCUCACCAUGGUGGAGCUUUAUAAAAGGAUUGAGGCAAGGAAGGAGGAGAAAAGCUGCGAGGUGCUCAUCUCCUACCAGGAGGUGUACAAUGAGCAGAUUCAUGACCUCCUGGAGCCGAAGGGCCCUCUAGCAAUCAGGGAGGACCCAGAGAAAGGGGUAGUGGUACAGGGUCUCUCCUUCCAUCAGCCAAAAUCAGCAGAGCAGCUCCUGGAGAUGCUGGCAAGUGGGAACAGAAACCGCACACAGCACCCCACAGAUGCCAAUGCUACUUCCUCACGCUCACACGCCGUCUUCCAGAUCUUUGUGAAGCAGCAGGACCGUGUGGUUGGCAUCACUCAGGACCUGCAGGUGGCCAAGAUGAGCCUGAUUGACCUGGCAGGCUCGGAGCGAGCAUCAACCACCAACACAAAGGGAGAGCGGCUCCGAGAGGGUGCCAACAUCAACCGUUCGCUGCUGGCCCUGAUUAAUGUCAUCAACGCCCUGGCUGAUGCAAAGAGCAGGAAGUCCCACAUCCCAUACAGGGACAGUAAGCUCACACGCCUGCUGAAGGACUCUCUUGGGGGCAACUGCCGGACUAUCAUGAUUGCUGCCAUCAGCCCAUCUGCACUCGCCUAUGAGGACACCUACAACACGCUCAAGUAUGCCAAUCGGGCCAAGGAGAUCAAACUGUCGCUGAAGAGUAACGUGCUCAGCCUGGACUGCCACAUCACUAAAUACGCAGCUAUCUGUGAGCAGCUGAAAGCAGAGGUGGCAAAUCUGCGAGAGAAGCUCCAAGCUUAUGAGAGAAACACCCAGGAUCCAGACCAUCAGGUUCCAGCUCCUCAGGCACAGUCUAGCCCUUGGCAGGUGGAGCUGCUCAGGUCAGCACAGGCUACACAGGAGGGGUCUCCAGAUCAUGAAGUCCCUGAGAAGGGUAACCAGGAAAUGGUGAUACAGCAGCAGGAGCUGAAAGUGAGACCAUCCUUUCAGCAACAGGACUUGGGAGCAGUGGAACAGAUGCCAGAGAAGGAACUUCAUGACUAUGCCACAGAUCUUCAGCAGAAAACCAAUAAACCAAGCUCUCUGCUCCAGGGACUGCCCCGGGAUCAGACCCAGAGGCUGGUAAUUGCUGUCCUGCGUGUUGCACAAAGGCAGUACUCUCUGUUGAAGGCUGCCAACCUCCUAACCCCUGACAUGGUCUCAGAGUUUGAGGAACUGGAAUACCUGGUGCAAAGAGAAACCGGUAGGAGUCAAGAGCCAGCUGGGACUCUGGGCGGAUCCGAGGUGACCCCAGCCCAAGAGGAGCAGCAGCACUCGGAUAAUGUGGUGCCAUUGGCUGCCGGGCUGCAGGGUGCACCUGCCACAGAAUGUGCUGCCCCAAUGACAAGGUCUGUGACACAGUCCUUGCAGGAGCUUGCGUUGGUCCCUAGUCCCUCAUCCAAGACUCCCAGCCUGCCAACGAAGAAGAGGAGGAGAUCGGAAAUGAGCAGCCCAUCCAAAACAGGAACUCCUGCCACGCCAAAACGGCAGGCAAAGCGCCAGCGGAAAUCCUCCCUUCCUAGCCGGCGAAGGGGCUCCGCAAAUGAAUCAACUGCUCCUCCAGUGACAAUCAGUCACAGCACCCCCAUUGUUAAGGAAGCUAAACCUUCUCAACUAGUGCCUUAUUGCAUCCCAAAACCCUGCCCAUCAACAGUCACCAAAAGCCGGGUCCCCCUGGCAACAUCUGCUGCCCAAAACUGCUGCACUCCAGCUACGCUGACCAUCCGAGACCUGAAUAUAACUUUUGACCUUGCUGAGGACAGCUGUUCAUCUGGUGUGGACAAUCCUGUGAAAUUCAGUUCCCCGGAAUUCCCUGGCUGGGAGAACGUCCAGUGCAUCUUAAAAAAGUCUGAAGUCUCCUUCAUGCCCAGAGCUGCCGUGCCCGUGUUCACCAUGAAGGGCUCCUCCAUCCCACCUGGCAGCAUCCCGAAGCUACCCUCAGUCUCUAAAGCAAUGGGACAGAAGAGAAAGCGUUCUGUGAGCGCUGCCUCCCGCUCGCUGGGUGGGCUGCGGAGCCAGAGCCGAAUUGCCAGGCUCCAGAGCAGCACUGUGAAGUCCUUGCAGACCCCAAGUGUCCCAGAGCCUCCUUCCUGCCCUCUGGGCAAGAGCAGCAGAGAAGAUCUCCAAGCCGUUGGUGGAAAAAUGCUGGCUGCACCCGGAUCCCGGGCCAUGAAGCUUUUCUGCUGAAGUGUCCUUGGAGCGACAUCAAUGCAGGGGCCGUUUUAGCUUAGCGCUGCCUGCCAGACAAGGCCUGGGACAAGGCCAGCAUCUAGUGGAUCUAACCCUGGAGCAUGGACCUCUUCCCCCUCUCCUCAUGUACAGACUGGGCUCAAACCUCCCUUCUGUGGCAGGGUUCCCUGAGGGGGGAGCUGUCCCCUUGUCCUGAGCUGCCACUCCCUGGCGUUUGGGCAGCACUCCCAUCAGUGCCAGUCUCCUCAGGGCUUUCCUGAUCCUGCUGCCUCUCUUGGCAGUGAAGCAAUGAAAGGAAGAAGGCAGCGCUGCUCCUACUGUCUCCUCACCCUUUCCCCUCUGCAGGGUGGCAGCAUCCUGUUCCUCAUCUCCGCAUUCUGAGAAGGAGAGAAGACUGGAAUGGGGCGUUCUGCUGGCAGUUCUCUUCCCCAGCCCAGAUCCUACUAGUGUCCAAAAGCUCCUCGUUGGUGUCUGGCCCUAGGGCCCUGCGGCACCCCGGCAUACCCGGCUCCUGAGCUGAGCAGCUGUGGCAGAGCCCUGCAGGGCUGGGGGCAGACUGCUGCACCUCCACACACCCCAGAGCAAAACUUCCUUGAACCCUCCUGCUCUGUGCUCUCCCGUGGCCAUGCUGCUCUUCUUGCCUGCCCUGCCAGAAAGUCCUCUCCUCGAGGGCCAGAGUCUGAUCUCAGUUACACCAGUGACUUCGCUGGAGUUGCUCGGCAUUCACAUUGCGCCUGGCUUGGUUUUACUAAUGGAAACGGCCUGGGUUCUUAGCUGGGCUGUGGGGAGUCUCCUGAGCAGUGCAAAUGGGCUGUGCAACUCUCCUCCAGUCAGAUAUAGCCCUAUAUUUUAUACCAGAUGGAUUAUCGCUGUUCUGUCUUUAGAUCCUGUGUAAACUCCUCUUCGGUGUCUAGUGCUAACAGAUGGCUGCAGUACUUCCACUUCUAAUAAAGCUCUGAAGUGUGAUACUUCUCACUUCCCUCCCAGCCAGAGCCUGUCAUGGAGCUACUCGUGGAUGGCCCUGCUGCGGCUCCCUAGACGGCCAGUGAUUUAGGUGCCCAGCGAGCCUGUCGCUCAGGGCCCAGACUCCCUCAGCCAAGGCCUCUGCCACCCCGGUGUUCUGUUCAGUGCUGCGCCAGCUGCAGCUGGAACUUUUCCAGCGCGCCUGAGGGCAAACGGGGUGAAACCUCAGGUAAGUGGGCGUGAGCUAGAGAGAAAUACUGUGUGUGAGCGGCCUCACCUCCUGCUACCACUAACCAGGGGGCUGGCUCAGCAAGGACACUUCAGUGGGAACUGUCCCAACCUCUCAGUUCUGCUGGAGCCUCCUCUGCUA